AUGAUUUGCCGUCGCUGCUACGCCCGCCUCCACGCCCGGGCAGUGAACUGCCGCAAGAAGAAGUGCGGCCACAGCAACCAGCUCCGCCCCAAGAAGAAGCUCAAGCAUCUUGGCCGAACUCUGGGAGAAUUCCGUGCCCGUGAGUUGGGGUUUAAGGCGUAA